UUGAGUGUCGUUGGUCGUUGAUGAGUUAUCAUGGUACUUCUCACGAAUCAUAUAUUUACUAUUUUAGCGAUAAUAAGUUUCAUAUGGAUAUCACCUAGUUGGACAUGGAACUUGAACGAUCGUCGAUACGAUGGAUAUGAUCUUGAAAGAGGUCCAGUCUUUUACGAAGCUUACUAUCCGGAAAAUAAUGAUAACAAUCCAAGCGAAUAUCAAGAAAAACGUUAUUUCGAUCGUGAUCCAGUAAUAGAGAGAACCUUUCAAAUACCCACUGACAGAAAAGAAUAUAUGGAAGAUAGAUCAAAGAAUGAAUAUCUUGAUCGUUUAGAAUAUUUAAGAUACGAUAAUUCUUACAAUCCCGAUCCAAAAUUAUCAAGAAUACAAAAUUAUCCGAGAACAGAAUCAUCGAGGAAUUAUGAAAUCCCACGUAAAUUCUACGACGUUAAUUCUUUUUCUCCGAAUUAUAUGAGAUUAAUUCGAAAUAUUCCGGAUGAUUCGUUGACUACGAAAAACAUUGACAAUUGGAAUACAUUGGGUAAUUAUUAUUUACGUUUUGAUCCGAAUUUCGAUAAAAGUGACAUUAAUAGUAGAUCAAACUUUCGUGGAAUACCAGAUCGAAGUUUUUUAAAUCAAGAAAAUAUGUUUGAGAAGAGAAACGAUGAGAAAAAUGUUGAAUCUAUUCGAGAUAUUCAACAAAAUUUGUCUGCUGCAUCACCAAGAGCUAUACAACCUUUAGAAAUAUCUAAAGAAUUUGAUUCGAUAAGAAGAUUGUCACCGAGAGAUUUACAAAAUCAUAAUUCGUUCGAUACAAUGAAUUCUAUUAAUUAUAUAAGAUAUCCGGGACAAGAGUACAACUAUAUUGGAAAUAGAAAUGACCCAGAAACUGAAAAGUGGAUUCCCCAAAAUCUUUCAAACGAACAGAUGGAAGGAGGAAUUUCAAGAAACGUUAAUUCGUUACCAUCGGAAAAUAUAUUUGCCCCGAGACCUCAAGUGAUCAAUUAUGUUUUUUCUAAGGAUUCCUCGAUCGAACGAACCGAGAAACCAAUUACGACAAUCAAGGAAAUAACAAAUAACGAUGAGCCACGUAAAUACGGUGACAAUCUUUUGCAAGAGGAAUUAAAUAAGGAAGAAGAGAACAAAGAUAAUAAUAAUAAUAAUACAAAAGUUACGUCGAUUGAAAUCAGUGAAGUACCCAGACACAAAAUACGUCAUCAUCAUGGAGAAUGGCUACGUAAUUUUUCUCGUGGACAAAAUUAAUUUCUGAUAUCGAGUGUUAAUUAAGUUUACAAACAAAAUAACUUUAAACGAGAUUUUACUUACGAUAAGAUUUUCAAUUAAAUUACAUCGCUCUUUUUAAAUAUAAAAUUAAAAUCUUAUGCGUUAUGUUCGGUAAGUUGAUCUU